CUUAAAUACAACUAAAUAAGGAAUUCAGGAUUUGCUGCUAAUGUCAAAGGAGAAAGGUCAGGGCCGUUCGUCCCAUGGAAGUCUCCAUGAGAACAAUAGGGUCAUGGAUAUGUUAGAAGAAGAACAUGGGUCCGAUUUAGCAGUCCAUUUGUAUUCAACAUUUCUACUCCAUCGAGUCAACCAUUUCUUCCCUAAACGUAAUUGGACAGCUUGGCCAUUGCCCAGGUCGGAGGUGCCAGAUCCAGCACAUACAAGAGUGUACUCGGAUGCUAUUGUUGAUGAUUAUUAUCAAGAUAAUAACUUUCUUCUCGAGGCAGAGGACGAAUUAUUCAAUUAUAGAAGGCUGAAUAUACGGAAACCCUUACAGAAUGAAGUGGUUCCAACACUUCCUGAAAGUGAGUCUGAAGAAGAAGAAGAAUCCAAGCAAGUAAUUUCAGAGACUACCUUCAACAAGCAAAACGAAGAUGCAAAAGUAUCAGCUCAAGAUAAUUUAUUGAUGGAGUCAAACAUCAUAGAUGGUUCUGAUUCCGAAGAUGAAGUCGACAACCAACGCCAGUCCAAAGUGAGCGCUGCACCCGAUGAAGAAGAAUCCUUCGUGGAUGAAAAAGUCGAAGAAUAUCAACGACCUAAAGCCAUUAGUGUGAACAGCGUAACAUACACCGAAAAAUUGAGCUCUCCAAGUUCUACUUUAUUCAAUGAAAUUCAUGGCUUGAUCGAAAGAAAGAUCAAUGAGAGAUUUAAGAAUAAUUUUAAAAAUAAAGAUAAACUAACAUUGUCCUCAGAUAUAUAUUCCAAACUAACUACUGAUCUUACAAAAAAAAUAUCUAAUAGGGUUAGCCACCUUGUUGAUGAUAUUAACUUGAAGUUUGACUCUCGAAGGGGAAGUGUGCUGGCCACCAAAGGGGCAAUUGCAGAUCGUCGUAGAUUAUAUGACUGGCAAGAUAUUCUACUUGCAAAUUUAUCAAGAGAUGAAUCUCGUAAUAAAAGUAUCAAUACAAAUGAACACCAGCGAAUAUAUGAAAAAUGUGAACAAUUAUUCCAUUAUCCAAAGUUCAAAUUUGAAUAUGUUGAUCCUGAAAUAUAUAGCGAUAACCAUCAUGUCGAUAACAAUGCCAAUUCUGAACCAUCUCGGCAGAAUAAUAAUCAUUCACGCAAGCGCAGACGGUUUGAUUUAGGUGAAUAUUUGACUCAACUAGACGAGGUCAAGGCCGGAGGAACAAUCAAAGACUUGAAAAGAAGGGUAUUUGAAAGACACGAAGAACUUAGGGAUCUUUAUCAAUUCAGGAAACUUUUAUUUUUCAGAAAGUUAAAACUACAAGAAAAUCUAGGUAGAUUAUCAUAUCAUCCCGCAGAUUAUCCAUUGGGUAAAGUUAUUAAAGGGAUUCCCAAACAUUCUGGUUAUUAUAAAACCCCCAAGACUAAGAGAUCUAGGUUUGAGAAAAAAUACGUAUCUAGUGAUCCAAAAGAAGUUGAAAGAUUAGCUGAAUUACCGGAAGUUGUAAGGCCCAGUGGUAAAAAAAUGUAUUAUCUACCACAAUUCGAAGAAAAUGAUGUAAUCAAAUCAACUAGAAUUGAUGCAAUCAAUAGAGGAACUUUACAAUUGAAUACAGCUGAAUUUCAAGCACGUAUAUAG